UCUUUUCAUAACCAUACGAGCAGGGUAAACUAUUGGAAAUCUAUAUGGAAACAAAAAGUAUAGACUUUGACAUUAAUUAAGGAAUUACGGAAGACACGACGUUGCUUGGUGCUUUUGAUUAAAAUUACAAUUACAGAAUGAAUCUCAUAUCUACUUUAUCAACUCUAAUCUACAUUUUAGCAGUAAUAUCAACAUGCCAAGCAAUCACGCAACGUCGUAUAUACACUUUAUUCACGAACACCAAAACAUGGAAUGAGGCUAGUGCAAUUUGUAACAGCCAAUUUGGGCAGCUGGUCAAGGUUCAAAGUCAUAGGCAUAUAGAUGAAUUAGAGCAUUUGGACAGCACAGAAUGGGGCAAUCAAAUGAGUAAUGCGGCCCCGUUUUGGACAGGACUUCAUCAGCCAUUCAGCAUGAACAACACAUGGGAGUAUCAAGAUUGUGAGGCUAUGUCCUCUAGUAUUCCUUUCUCAAACGCUCUUUCUGGGGCUAAAUGUGCUACAUUAGAUGGUGUCAAUGAUUUGUCAGAGGCGAAUUGUUCAACUGAGCAUAUAUUUGUUUGUCAACGUUAUGAAGGUGAUUGCUGGUAUGAACCCUUCAUUGGGGAGACAUACACCGCUCCAAUCUAUCAAACGCAAACACUAAGUACAGGACUUGAGGCAAGUGAUUGUGCCAUGGAAUGUCGUUCAGGGAUAAUUACUCCUGAUAUUGAGUGCUGGGGAUUCAUUUAUGACCCUAGUGGAUCGCAAGGUUGCGAGCUGCUUUUCCUUAAUGAGAUUUCGGCAUCAUCAACUUUCCUUACAACAGGCAAAAACUAUUCAGCCGAUCCUGACAUGAUAUUUUACGUGCGGCGUUGUUUUGAAGGUUCGCUUGACAAGAAGACAUACGACUCGUUUUCAAAUAAAGAAGAAGUUCCCGAGACAGAAUGUACCACAGCACUGUAUGGCGGUGAGGAAACAGCUGCUCAAGUUUGCUUUUGCUCAACACAAGAACACCCUCCAAUACCUGAGCCUGUAUCUGUGGAAGAAAAGGCACAGAAGUACAUCGAGGAAUUAACCAUAGACACGUCUAACACAAGUGCCGCUAUCAAUAAACUUACCUCUGCAGAAGACAACAGACCAAGUGCUGUAGGGGUCGGAUUUGUUGGCGUAGGAUUGCUUUCAGCAAUAUUUGGCGGACUAGUCUUGAUGGAUCUCAACGUGUUGUAUGCCGGAUUAAAAGAAUUUUUCAAACUGAUCUGUGACAAUCCAAACCCACAAAGUCCUCAGAGUACUGAAACACCUGUCGAAACAAAUUGUUGAAUUCAAAACUAUAUUGUAACAAUAUAUGAAUAAUGCGACGUGAUAUUUUUUAUGAUUUAGUGAUUGCUUUUUGAAAAUAUGCAGAGCAUUAUGUGCAUUUGUACUCUUAUGCUGCCAGUUCGAAUUUAUUAUAAUUUUAUUCUCUGUCUUCUGUACUAAUUUACCACGUCAGGCGACAACACACUUAUGUACAUGUUCAGAUUAGUUGAUAUUUUCUGGACGUAAAGAUAAAAAAUGCAUGUGGCGUUUAACAUUUGACCAUUUUCAAGAAAACAACAAAAUCAUCACAUUUAAAUGUUACUGGCGUAUGACUUUC